UUAUACCGAGCUAACCAAACCUACCAAAAACAAAAUGCGUUCCUUCAUCCUGAUUGCCCUCUUCGCCCUGAUUGCUGUGGCUGCUGCCCAAGGAGGACCACGAGGUGGACCACGAGGUGGACAACGAGGAGGACCUCGCGGUGGUCAGCAGGGAGGACCCCAGGGAGGUCCCCAGGGAGGCUGCCAGCAGGGUGGUCAGCAAGGAGGACCCCAAGGAGGUCCCGGCGGUCCCGGCGGUCCCGGCGGUCCAUGGGGUCUGCCUCCUAAUGGAACACUCUCCUCCAACAGCACAUCCUCAACCACUGAGGCUAGCACCACUGAGUCCAGCUCCACUGUGGCCAACACCACCGUUUCCUCUGGUUAGAGUCCAGCUGGGUUAUAUAAAACUCCACCUUUGGCUGUUCUUCUUCCUUUAAAAUAAUGAAAUAAAUGAUGUAAUUGCAA